UACGUUCGUUAGAUUACUCCUUUCUGCCCGUGGACGCCGCCGAGUAAGCAUCGUUAAAGUCUCCCCUCCCACCGCCGUCAUGUCUAAGUCAGAGUCUCCCAAAGAGCCUGAACAGCUGCGGAAGCUCUUCCUCGGAGGUCUGAGCUUUGAAACUACCGAUGAGAGUCUGAGGAGCCAUUUUGAGCAAUGGGGAACACUUACGGACUGUGUGGUAAUGAGAGACCCAAACACCAAGCGCUCCAGAGGCUUUGGGUUUGUCACAUAUGCCACUGUGGAGGAGGUGGAUGCAGCCAUGAAUGCAAGGCCACACAAGGUGGAUGGAAGAGUUGUGGAACCAAAGAGGGCUGUCUCAAGAGAAGAUUCUCAAAGACCUGGUGCCCACUUAACUGUGAAAAAGAUUUUUGUUGGUGGCAUUAAAGAAGACACUGAAGAACAUCAUCUAAGAGAUUAUUUCGAACAGUAUGGGAAAAUCGAAGUGAUUGAGAUCAUGACUGACCGAGGCAGUGGCAAAAAGAGGGGUUUUGCUUUUGUAACAUUUGAUGACCAUGAUUCUGUAGACAAGAUUGUCAUUCAAAAAUACCAUACUGUGGAUGGCCACAACUGUGAAGUAAGGAAAGCGCUCUCUAAGCAAGAGAUGGCUAGUGCUUCAUCCAGCCAAAGAGGUCGAAGUGGUUCUGGAAACUUUGGUGGUGGUCGUGGAGGUGGUUUUGGUGGGAAUGACAACUUUGGUCGCGGAGGAAACUUCAGUGGUCGAGGUGGCUUUGGUGGCAGUCGAGGUGGUGGUGGAUAUGGUGGCAGUGGGGAUGGCUAUAACGGAUUUGGUAAUGAUGGAAGCAACUUUGGAGGUGGCGGAAGCUAUAAUGAUUUUGGCAAUUACAACAAUCAAUCCUCAAAUUUUGGACCCAUGAAAGGAGGCAAUUUUGGAGGCAGAAGCUCUGGCCCUUAUGGUGGUGGAGGCCAAUACUUCGCCAAACCACGAAACCAAGGUGGCUAUGGUGGUUCCAGCAGCAGCAGCAGCUACGGCAGUGGCAGAAGGUUUUAA